GUAGAGGAUUAUUCCUUUAGUUUGCAUUACUCAUGUCAGGUUGCUUCUCCGAGGUCAUUUUUCUGGUUUGAUGUUUUGGUAGCAAAAAACUCACAAGAUGUUUCGAUUUAUGAUAUUUAUUGCAUUGGCUUUACUGAUUGGUAGAUUAGUACCAUCAGAUGCACAAACAUCUGCACCAACUACAACAGCAUCUACAUCUGAAUCAAUGACACCAACUGAAACAACUGUAGUUCAACCAACAACUGAAACCAGAUCUACACCUGUAACAGGAACAUCAACUAUCGUAACAUCUACAUCUGAAUCAACUACAACAGAAUCAACUACUGUAGUUCAGUCAACAACUGAAACCACAUCUACACCUGUAACAGGAACAUCAACUAUCAUAACAACUACAUCUGAAUCAACUACAACAGAACCAACUACUGUAGUUCAGUCAACAACUGAAACCACAUCUACACCUGUAACAGGAACAUCAACUAUCAUAACAACUACAUCUGAAUCAACAACAACAGAACCAACUACUGUAGUUCAGUCAACAACUGAAACCACAUCUACACCUGUAACAGGAACAUCAACUAUCAUAACAACUACAUCUGAAUCAACGACAACAGAACCAACUACUGUAGUUCAAUCAACAACUGAAACCACAUCUACACCUGUAACAGGAACAUCAACUAUCCUAACAUCUACAUCUGAAUCAACGACAACAACAGAAUCAACAACUGUAGUUCAAUCAACAACUGAAACCAUGUCUACACCUGUAACAGGAACAUCAACUAUCAUAACAACUACAUCUGAAUCAACGACAACAGAACCAACAACUGUAGUUCAAUCAACAACUGAAACCACAUCUACACCUGUAACAGGAACAUCAACUAUCAUAACAACUACAUCUGAAUCAACGACAACAACAGAACCAACUACUGUAGUUCAAUCAACAACUGAAACCACAUCUACACCUGUAACAGGAACAUCACCUAUCAUAACAACUACAUCUGAAUCAACGACAACAACUGAACCAACAACUGUAGUUCAAUCAACAACUGAAACCACAUCUACACCUGUAACAGGAACAUCAACUAUCAUAACAACUACAUCUGAAUCAACAACAACAACUGAACCAACUACUGUAGUUCAGUCAACAACUGAAACCACAUCUACACCUGUAACAGGAACAUCAACUAUCCUAACAUCUACAUCGGAAUCAACAACAACAACUGAACCAACUACUGUAGUUCAAUCAACAGCUGAAACCACAUCUACAUCUGUAAAAGGAAUAUCAACUACACUAGCAUCUACUGAAUCAACAGAAUCAACAACGAGAAUUGAAACAACAUUUGCAGUUGAUCCAACAACUGAAACAACAAUUACAACUCAAACAACAACUUUACCUUUAUCAACAACAACUGCACCAACCUCAACAUCAACUGUGCUAACAUCUACCACUGUCCUGCGAAAUUCGACAGCAGUUGCAUACAUUACUUUCAAAAUGAGAUCCUUUGUUGAGUUAAGCAAUGAGGACAUGAUUGCAAAUAUUGACAAGUUUUUCAAGCACACAAACAGCACUGGGACUAUCAGGAUUACAGUAAAGAAAUCAAGAAAAUUGUUGCCCUAAGAAUGACAUGGAAAACUGCAAUCUUCUACAAGCAAUCUUUGAAUAAAGUGUCCAGUCAGUAUUUUGAAUAUAAACUGUGAUUAAAAAAAGAACCACUUAUAGUCACAGAUAAAAGGUUAAUUUUAAUGUGUGUGGUUUUUUUCUGCUGUUAUGCACUUUUUCAUUUUGAACUCAACAGUCACUUAAGCGGUUUUGUGUAAUAUGUAAUAUUUUUGUGGAUGUUAAUUUCUGCUCCCUUCAGUCUGAAUAAUUACAAAAGCUCCUAUCUAUACAACAAAAUGUCAGAAUGUGUUGCAUUCAACUUAUACUAGGUAGAUAACUAGAAGUCUUUCAAGACAAUAGUUCAAAAAUGUGUUCUUGGAAAUACUGAAGUCCUGUACUAUUUUAAAUAAAUGGUAAAUAUAUUUUAAAAUGUAUUUUGGUUAUGUGUUUUGGUUUUGGGUGGUUGUGUCACAGUUUUAUUUUUUUGUUUUAGGACUCUCAGUUGAUUAAUUUUUCACACCUGCUUUCAUUUGCUAGUUUGAUUAGUCUAUUUAAGUUCUGUGUUUUCUUCAAUUUUUUGUCAGUUCUUAUUGCUUGUGACCUAGUUGUUUUGCUCUUGUUUCUGAGUUUUGUGUAAAUAAAACUAAUACUGCUGCAUUUAGAUCCACUUUCUCAUCAUUUUUGCAACCAAGCUGACAAUUUAGAAUUUAGAUUUUUUUUUUCUUUCAAAUUUUAACUGUAAAACUCACACCAGAUGUAUGCAUUUAAUUAGUUUACGUUGUG